AUGACAUCCGAAGCCGACGACAAGAAGUUCGACGAUGUGGCUGUGUCUGACAAGCCCGACGAUGUUCUUGCAGGUACUAUCGAAGAUGCGACAGAGUACUCAGACUCUUACUUCAGGAAGCUGCGAUUCAAGAUCGACAUAUUCCUUCUGCCGUUGAUGUGGGUAUGCUAUGGAACACAACAGGCCGACAAGACGUCUCUCAGUGUGCAGGCGGUUUUCGGUCUUCGCGAGGACACCGGUUUGGUUGGCGAGCAGUUUAACUGGCUCAGCACCAUCUUUUACCUAUCCUACCUGGUAUGGGAGUUUCCGGGCAACUGGCUGAUACAGAAGAGUCAUACCGGCAAGUUUCUGUCGGUUGUGAUGGUGCUGUGGGGUGUCGUAGUUCUUUGCAUUGCCUUCGCCAAGAACUUUGCGCACCUCAUGAUCCUCAGGUUCAUCCAAGGCGCCUUGGAAAGUACCAUCAGUCCGACCUUCAUGCUCAUCACGGGAGCUUGGUACACCUCUCAAGAGCAUACUUUACGAUCUUUGAUAUGGGGAACCUCGAAUGCCGGUAUGAAUAUCAUCACCGGCCUUUGCAUGUACGGCAUCGGACUUCACGCACAAAAGAACCCAGACGGCCUUGCUGCAUGGAAAGGAAUCUCGUUCUUCCUCGGCGGCUUGACAAUUGCCUGCGGUGUCCUCGUUUGGUUCAUACUUGGCACACCUCGCGAAGUUCGCUGGUUGAACGAAAAGGAGAAGAAGGCGGCAAUAGCUCGUGUUAUUGCCAACCAAACUGGCUCGGAUCGAGAGAAGCGGUCGGAGUUCAAGUGGGAUCAAGUCUGGGCCACCUUCAAAGAUCCGCAAACCUAUUUCUUCUUCUUCGUCACCAUCAUUAACGCUCUGCCCAAUGGCGCCAAUACCACAUUCUCCAAGCUCAUCUGGAAGUCUUUCGGGUUCACACCACUGGAGACAUUGUUGAAGGGAUCAACUCCAUACUACUGCGUCAGUAUCUGCUGGUUCCUGGUAGUUGGAUAUGUAACGCUGAAGAAGCCUAACCUCCGAUUCCUGAUGAUGAUGUUUUCACUUCUUCCGGCUUUCAGCGGAAUGAUGGCGCUGGCCCUCCUUCCAACCGACUCUAUGAAGUGGACAAGAUGGGGCAUGUACAUUUUGCAAGUGUUCGGUUCCCUUCCUGGACUGAUGAUCUGGACUUUCCUACCAUCCAAUGUCGCUGGAAGGACCAAGAAGACCGUGACAUCGACGAUUCUGUUCGUGGGCUACUGCGUUGGUAAUGCUGUUGGAGCCCAGAUGUUUGUCGAGUCGGAUGCUCCCAAGUACAUCCGUGGACUCACCGCCUGUGCGGUCCUAUACUGUGUUGAGUUUUGUAGCAUGGCUACGUGGCGAUUCUACUAUAUUUGGGAAAACAAUAAGCGUGCAAAAAUGAUCAGAGACCAAGGAAUUUCCGAGGCAGAGAGCGAGAGGCUCGGAAGGUUGAAUGCGGAAGCUGACAUGACUGACCGCGAGAACAUACAUUUCAAGUACAAGUACUGA